AUGUCGGCCUUCGACGACUUUCAGCGGCAGCUCAAGAAGAGUAAACACGGGCGGGAAGAGGAGAACCGGCACCGGAAGCGCAGCCAUAGCCACUCGCGAAACCGGGACCGUAAGCGCCGGAGUCAGAGCCGUGACAGGCGGAACCACGACCAGAGGAACGACCCGCGGGACCAGCGGCGGCGAAGCAAACCUUGGAGCAGAGACGCUGAGGAGGAGCGCGGUGGAUUGAUCCCUUCCGCCCGCCAUGACAGGAAGAGGAAGGUCCACAAGUACUGGGAUGUGCCGCCCCCGGGCUUUGAGCAUAUCACCCCCAUGCAGUACAAGGCCAUGCAAGCUGCAGGUCAGAUUCCUGCCACUGCCUUUCUCCCCACCAUGACCCCUGACGGCCUGGCCAUGAUCCCAACACCAGUGCCCAUGGGUGGCAGCCAGAUGACCCGAAAGGCUCGGCGCCUCUACGUGGGCAACAUCCCCUUCGGCAUCACUGAGGAGGCCAUGAUGGACUUCUUCAAUAUCCAGAUGCGCCUGGGGGUGCUGACGCAGGCCCCUGGCAACCCAAUCUUGGCCGUGCAGAUCAACCAGGACAAGAAUUUUGCCUUUUUGGAGUUCCGCUCAGUGGACGAGACUACCCAGGCCACGGCCUUGGACGGCAUCAUCUUCCAGGGCCAGUCCCUGAAGAUCCGCAGGCCUCACGACUACCAGCCACUGCCCAGCAUGUCGGAGAACCUGUCUGCCUACAUGGCUGGAGUUGCGUCCACUGUGGUCCCCGACUCUGACCACAAGCUCUUCAUCGAAGGUUUACCCACCUACCUGAAUGACGACCAGGUAAAGGAGCUGCUGACCUCAUUCGGGCCUCUCAAGGCCUUCAGCCUGGUCAAGGACAGCGCCACGGGGCUCUCUAAGGGCUACGCCGUCUGUGAAUACGUGGAUAUCAACGACACGGACCAGGCCACUGCGGGGCUGAACGGCAUGCAGCUGGGGGACAAGAAACUGCUUGUCCUGCGGGGCAGUGUCGGUGCCAAGAACGGCACACUGAGCACGAUCAACCAGGUGCCGGUGACCCCGCAAGUGCCAGGGCUUAGGAGUUCCCAGGUGCAGAUGGGCGGCCACCCGACCGAGGUGCUGUGCCUCAUGAACAUGGUGCUGCCUGAGGAGCUGCUGGAUGACGAGGAGUACGAGGAGAUCAUGGAGGACGUGCGCGAGGAGUGCAGCAAGUACGGGCUCGUCAAGUCCAUGGAGAUCCCCCGGCCCGUGGACGGCGUGGAGGUGCCCGGCUGCGGAAAGAUCUUUGUGGAGUUCACCACGGUGUUUGACUGCCAGAAAGCCAUGCAGGGCCUGACUGGCCGCAAGUUCGCCAACAGAGUGGUUGUCACAAAAUACUGUGACCUUGACUCUUACCACCACCGGGACUUCUGGUAGAGGCAGCCGGGGAAGGUAGGGACAGGGCUGCCGGGGGCUUCCUCCCCACCAGCCCCCCUUCUUUUCCACCUCUAAAGACAAUGGGCAAAGAGUGACAGCCAGGAGCAACUGGAAUGGCAGCAGUUGGGGUGGGAGGACGGAGAAGGGUACACGUUCCAGCAGACACUCGCCCACAGACAGAGGGCAGGGUCAGGGUGGGGUCUGGCGUACACGGGGUGGGUUAGGACCCCCACGCCCCUCCCCAAACAGCAUUUCCCCCUCCGGUGUACCUUCCCCUCUUCUCCCCCUUGGUAGGAACAUAGCAUGUUUAUAUUUUAUGGCCAAACUGUUGCUAACUUUGUUGUCUGGCCCCCAGUGCCCAGCGCUCUCCCUUUCCAGGACCACAGCUCCUGCCCUCUGGGCCUCUGGCCCUCUCUAGUCCCUCCUUGGUUUCUUAUGUAGUUGAUUUUCGCCUCUUUUAAUCUCCCUCGAACUUACUUCCAACCCAUGGCC